AUGGCUCUGGUCCUGGUUACAUGCACCCCGGAAAAUGUCAAAAAGAUCUCAUCAGCUUUCCCCAGUAUCGAGUUGCUUGAUGGGCUGAUCCAGUACUAUCUUUCGUCGCCUUCUCUGGAGGCACCGAUGUUGUUCCACCUUCCGACCUUCUCUCCUUCGAAACUGAAUCCAGAGUUGCUUGCUAGCAUAGCAUCUGCUGGAGCUUCAACCAUCCCCGACAUAUCUUUGCGAAAGCUUGGGUAUGCCCUGCACGAGGCUUCCCGGAUAGGACAGACCAAGGCAAUUGAGGAAGACAACACGGCGAUUAGAGACCUUCAACAUCUGCAAACCAUCUUUUGCCAGCUCGGAGUGGGUAUGUGGAGUGGUAUUAGCCGGAAAAUGGAGAUUGCAGAAAGCUUCCUGCAGCCGCUGAUAACGAUGCUUCGGCGGGGCGGCCGUUUCCGCCGAUCGACAUGGAAGGAAAUCUCUCCGGAGCCGGACGAACAAGGGCCCGCUUUGGAGAGCAAAUGGCGAAGUUGGAUAGACCAAGAGUCGUUCCUUCGCCUCAUCCAUCGCACGUUCGAGUUUGACAGACAAUCCUCAAUGGCACUUCUCAAGCCGCCGUUAAUAUCCUAUGCCGAGAUGCAGCCUCCAUUACCAAGCGCCAACGCUCUAUGGCAGGCUAAAACAGCAGCCAGCUGGAAGGCGGCGUACAUGAAUAUGGCAGCAAAGACAGCGAAGAGACCCUCGGCGAUGGAAUGCUUCGUCAACCUGGAGCAUCUUUCGCACCAUGACUUUGCCAGUCACACGUAUCUCUACAUGAUAUGGGGCACCAUCUGGGAAUAUCGCCAGAUGUGCACCGUAAUGUCCAGGUCGCACUCGGCAUCCAACCACAGCCUCAUACUGUCUUCGCGCUACCAAGAGCUCACCAAGCAGCUCGAUGACUUUAGACUCAGCUGCCCGCCCAUGAGCACGAGCGUUGAGAUAAUCCUAGAGAUCAUGCUGGUCCAUCUUAAUGCACCUCUGGAUGACAUUCAGCUCUUUGCAGGCAUUGAAGGACAGGAAGAAGCACGCACUGCAUACUCUGGUCUGCAAGAAUGGCUGAAGUCGUCUGUUGCACGUCAAGCGCUAUGGCAUGCGGGUCAGGUCCUGCGCGCAGCCGAGCUGCUACCGAGAGCUUUGCUGAACAACUUCAACGCCAUUGCUGUCUACCAUGCCGGGCUGAUUCUAUGGUGUUAUGGAUUCCUCAAGCGAUCCGGGGAACACCUCGAGUGGACGGCAUCUCAGACGGGUCAUGAUGAAAUCCGGCUUAUACCGCAGCCGACGGCGGACCCGGCGGACCCGCUGAACCUGCCCAUGUGGCGCAAACUGGCCAUACUGGCCGUCAUGUCGUUGCACCCGUUUGUCGUCAACUUUGCCAGCUCGUCGACAUCGAGCGUGCUGCCCAUCUACGAGUCCUCGGGCAUAUUCGGGUACCCGCCCAAGCGCUUCUCGCAGCUGACAUACCUGGUCGCUGUCAACAUCCUGAUGAUGGGUGUGUCGAACCUGUGGUGGGUACCGCUAUCCAACACGUUUGGGCGGCGGCCCGUGAUUCUCGGUAGCUUGCUGCUGCUGAUUCUGUCGAGCAUGUGGGCGGGCUUAGCAACAAGCUUCAACAGUCUGCUGGCGGCCCGCUUGUUCAUGGGUAUCGGCAGCGGGCCUGCCGAUGCCGUGAGUCCGGAGGUCGUGGGUGAGAUCUUCUUCGUUCACCAGCGGGGACGUGCUCUCGCUAUUUACACCGUCUUCCUCGCCAUAGGGUCGCUGGUCGGCGCCAUCGCGGGAGGUUACAUAGUCUCUAGUAUGGGACUUCCCUGGCUCAACUGGAUGAACGUUUUGCUGGCGUCCAUCAAUUUCGUCCUCUGCCUCGUGUUCCAGGCUGAGACGCUGUAUGACCGCCCGGCAGUCAUACGUGCGUGCGAAAGCGAGGACCCGAGUGAAAAGGCUGGCGAGGCAAAGGAGAGUGUCAUCACCACUGAAGCAGUGCCAUCAUAUCCUCCAUACUCGUACCUUCGCUCUCUGAGACUGAUCUCAUACCGUCCGGGAAUCGUCAACAAGUUCAUGGGUCCGUACAAAGUCCUCCGGCUACCGGGAGUGUGGCUCGUGUCGGGCUGGUAUGCAGGUCUGGUUGGGCUGAUUGUCACCAUGUCGAGCGUAGGCCCUCAAAUCGUCGCCGCACCGCCCUACAACUGGGGCCGCGGCGUAGGUCUCAUCAACGUCGGCGGUCUGAUCGGGUCUCUCCUCGGCUGCGCUUACACCUACCUCAUCACCGACUUCAUGCUCAAGCGGCUCGCGAAAAAAGACCCCGAAGGUCUUACGGAACCCGAAAGCCGUCUCGUCACCGCGCUCCCAGCCCUCUUUAUCUCGACAGCAGGCGCCCUCGUUUUCGGCUUUGUAGCCAAGAACCCCUCGCCAAACGGCUGGGUCUGCCUGGAAUUUGGAUUUGGGCUCGUGUCUUUCGGCCUCAUGCAGGGGCCGUCCGUGGGCUUCAACUACGUCAUUGAGUCGUAUGGCCCGCUUGCGGGUGACUGCUUUGUGGCGAUUACUUCGACGCGUGCCGUGGUGAGUUUUGCGUGGACGUUUUUUGUAGGCGGCUGGGUUACAGAUAAGGGGGCCGCGGAGCCGUUUGGCAUUUUCGCCAUGUUGAUGGGCUUGUUUGCGUUGGGGACUGUGCCUAUGAUGGUGUGGGGCAAGAGGCUGAGGAUCUGGACGGCCAAGUGGGUGCCGGAAAUGUUGGAUUAG